CAAACAACACAUUAUUCACUCAGUCUCCAGUCUCCACUUCAAACUCCAUCAUCCAUGGCUAGGAGAAAUGCUACUCUCUCCAUCCGUUUCUUCAAGAUCAUCCUCCAAACUACUCUUCAAAGACUUAAAAUACCAAAUAAGUUUACAAAGAGUUAUGGAGUUAGUCUAUCAAAUCCAGUGUUGAUCAAGCCUCCUGAUGGCACCAACUGGAAAGUUUAUUGGAAAAAAGUCAAUGGUGAGAUUUGGUUUGAAAAGGGUUGGAAAGAUUUUACUCAAAGUUACUCUCUACAACAAGGUUAUUUGGUGUUAUUUAAAUAUAGAAAAGGAACUUCCAACUUCAAUGUACUCAUACUUGGCCAGAAUGCAGUAGAAAUAGAUUAUGAUCCUUCAUGUGACACUGAUGAUGAUGAAAAUGACAAUGUUGGUGAUAGUGAUGAUGAAUCAGUUCAGAUUUUGGAUGAAAAGAACAAUAGUAUUGAUCACAGUGAUGAUGAAUCAGUUGAGAUUUUGGAUGAAAGGCUUAAACGGAAGAAGAAUCGACAAAGAUCACCAUUAGGUUCUACUCGACCACAUAAGAAAGUUAGAAGUGAGACUGAGAACAUUACUAAAAGAAGUUCAUGCUUUAAUUGGCCAAAGGGAGAUAAGAGCUCAGGAAGUUGCUGCAAAAUUCAACUCAAGCAAUCCUUUUUUCACAAUUCUCAUAAAGCCUUGUCAUCUGGUAAAGGGACUGCUGGUAAGUGGAUACCAGGUUUAAAAGGUGUUACUGAGAACAAAGAGAAGUAUGUGAUGCUGCAGAUUGGAAAAAGAUCAUGGAAUGUGAAACUGCUUCGUUGUAAUGACGGAAAAAAAGGGCGUCGCCUUUCAGCCGGUUGGCGCUUGUUUGCAAGUGAAAGUGGUCUGAAACUAGGAGAUGUUUGUGUGUUUGAACUGAUAAACAAGAAAGAUUUAGUUUUUAAAGUUCAUGUUUUCUAA